CAGGUAUGGCGAGGUAACAUCGCACCACCCCUUUCAAUCCAAUGCUUGAUGAAUUAGUAGUCAUCUCAGUCUUGACCGGUUUAGGUCGUUCUCCUUAUUUUCCCGGUUCAGCGAGAGAGUAUUCGUGUUCCUCCUCAUCAACUAGUAGACCUAUUUACUCUCUCUGUUCCUGGACAUCUUUCAGUACAACCCGCAUCAUGAAGUUUUGGGCGCUCCUGGCACUUGCUGCCUCCGUUGCAGUCCAGGCCAUUCCCCAAGACUACACGACUCGACUGCACACACGCGAUGGUAAUGUGAAGAAACACAUCGGAUAUCGUGUGAUGUCAAAGGCCGAAGCCGAAGCCAUCAACAAAAACGGAGGCAAAGCUGUGCAGUCCAUAGGCAACGGGGGCCGCCAGAUAGGCCAGGGUCUUUACAUCUUGAAUUCGUACCAAGCCUGGGGUGACAAUUCCGUUGAUGGGUCGGUUCAAUGGGAUUGCGUGGUGACGGUUGACGCCGACGAAUGGGACAAAUGGAACAAGGUCUACCUCCCCGAGCUUUACACGUUUCCCGAGGACGAGGAGGAUGAAACAAAGAAUACAUGCAAGCCCCUUGAACUGUGGUACCCGAAGCCAGUUAGCAGUACGUGUUCAACUCCUUUUCUUCCCUUUGGGUUUGCCAUUAAUACUGACGCAUCGGACACCGCAGAGAAGAACAAAGCACGCUUCAUCGAUUCCGUCCUUCCAGGCGCAACGGUCGAGAACACGGUGAUUUUCGCCAAGGUGAAAGGCUGGCUAGAAAGGACCCAAGGAUUGAUCCCGCCGGCCCUUAUCGACACUGGCAAGGUGUAUCUCGCGCAGUGUGCCGAGCGGGAGACCGAGGCCAACAAACAGAUUGGCAAAAUCGGUCCGGCGGAUUGGGGUUUCGUGACUUCCCUUCCAGGCUACGGAAAGGGGACAUAUAAACCGUAGAAGCGCUAGUUAAGAGGAAUCAGUGAUUAGGGGGCGACAGGUGAGGAUAUGUGGGCAUCGAAGGGG